AUGGGCCAUACGCCCCCCGGGCCAUUUCAUGUCCUGGCACAUCGGAGUUCGUGCCAAGGCCUCAAAAAAGCUGGUGCCUUUCAUAACCGGAAUCCCGCAAGAAUCCGAGCCCGCGACUCUGUCGUUUUAAUGGCCAAGGUGAAUUUUCGAGUGGGGGUCCACUUAGAGAACAUCUGGCAAGCGGCUUACACUGCUGAGAAGCAAUCACCGCUCGACAGACUCGGCGCCUUGCCGGACGAUGUUCUGUUACACAUCCUCUCUCUCCUCCCGACCACCCGCCUCUCUGUGUGCACCAGCGUCCUCUCACGAAGAUGGCGGUCCCUGUGGGCCCAUGUCCCCCUUUUAAGUUUCGGAAACGAGGGUUCCUUCGACCGCCGCUUGGAGGACAUCGUCACCGAGGUCGUGUCGGCGCACAAAGGGCAAACGGUACACACUUUCCGACUAACAAAUGAUGAUUGCUUCAACGGUUCUGAAAUCGAGGGCUGGAUUGCCACUCUCGUUUCCCGCAAUGUCAGGAAUAUCUCUAUGUACCUUUCCUAUUAUGAUGAGACCGUAUGGUUUAUGAUGCCCAAUUGCCUGUUAAUGUGUGAAACCCUAGUGGAAUUGCGUAUCACUGCUUAUGUUGAGCUCCCGGCGGCCGGCGAUGUGUGCCUGCCGGCACUUAAGAGACUUCAUCUUGAAGGGGCUGAAUCUUUGCCCCGCCUGAUAUCUGGCUGCCCAGUGCUUGAGGAGCUGAACAUAAUUUUCAUACGGCCCAAAAUUUGGAGAUUUGUUCGCCAACGCUACUUAGGCUGGAUCUCAAUAUACAACCUGAUGACCAUGGAUUUGGUGAAAACAACUACUUUUGGGUGA